ACCAAGUACAUAUCCCAGCAGUUCUAAUCCCCGCUGCCCAGUGUGUGCUACUGAGGUCAACAGAGUGACUAACAGCGCCUCGGGGCUGGCGGCUACCACCGCGGUGCACUCGCGGCGAAGGAGAGGACGCGGGACUACACUUCCCAGUGUGCCAGGCGGGGCCGGGUGCGGACAGGGAGGGCGCAGGCUCCUUCCCAGAAGCAAAAGCGGAAACAAAAGAGUCUCGCCGGCGUCCCCGCCCGCACACUCGCGCACCCUCGCGCUCCGGCGCACACGGCACUGGCAUCCGCGCCCGGAGCAAGCCAGCGAACGGCGAGCCGGGGACCCACCGGGCUGAACCAGCCGAGCAGCCAGCGAGCCGAGCCCGCGACGACCGCACGCCCCCAAGCCCCGCAGCCGCCGCCCGCCGGCCGGUGUCCCCGCCGCCCUCCUUGAUCCAUGGCGCUGAAGCGGAUUCAGAAAGAACUGAGUGAUCUGCAACGUGAUCCACCUGCUCACUGUUCCGCUGGACCUGUGGGAGAUGACUCCCGAUAGUGCAUAUCAAGGUGGAGUCUUCUUUCUCACUGUACAUUUUCCGACAGACUAUCCUUUUAAACCACCAAAGAUUGCUUUCACAACAAAAAUUUACCAUCCAAACAUAAACAGUAAUGGAAGUAUUUGUCUUGAUAUCCUGAGGUCACAGUGGUCACCAGCUCUGACAGUAUCAAAAGUUUUAUUGUCCAUAUGCUCUUUACUUUGUGAUCCUAAUCCAGAUGACCCUUUAGUACCAGAUAUUGCACAAAUCUAUAAAUCAGACAAAGAAAAAUACAACAGACACGCAAGAGAAUGGACUCAGAAAUAUGCAAUGUAAAUUCAGAAUUUUUUUUCAUAUAUGAGUACUGUAAAAUCUAGGUUUUUCUUUCAACAUUAGCGGUAUAUUGAGCACUGUUUACUGUUUCAGUGUACCACAAAAUCCCUUGAUUUUUACCCAUUUUAAAUGUGUUUCUGAAGCAAGACAAAACAAACUUCCAGAAAUACCCUUAAGACUGUGAUGAGAGCAUUUAUUAUUUUGUAUGCAUUAAGAAAGACAUUUAUUAUGGUUUUUAAGAGACCUGGACAUCUGCAUCUUCAGCUUUCAAGAUCUACAAUGCAGCUGAAAAGCAACCAAAUUAUUUUUUUGCUGAAACUAGGUGUUUUUACAUGAGAAAUACUGUGUGUACUAAGAUGUCAGUUUUAUAAAUCUGUAUUCAGAUUUCAUUCUUUGUUAGCUCACUUUAUAAUUUGUAUUUUUUUACUGUAUAGACUAAAUAUAUUCUAUUUACCAUGUACAUCAACUCAUUACUUUUUUCCUGUGAACAGUAUUGAAAAAACACAAAAACCAAUUAAAUGAAUUAACUGUCUGUCUCCCUUGUCUGAGGAUAUUCUGUAGAUUGAUUGCAUAUUUCUUAAACCUGAAAUGAUCUUUACACUGUAAUUCUCAGUAUACUGAUUAUGGAGAAACACUUGUUUUGAUUUUGUUAUACUUGAGUUAACUAUUGCAAUGUGAAUUAAUUGCACUGCUAAGUAGGAAGAUGUGUAACUUUUAUUUGUUGCUAUUCACAUUUGAAUUUUUUCCUGUAUAGGCAAUAUUAUAUAGACACCUUUUACAGAUCUUAUUGUAGCCUUUUCCAUAUAAAUAAAAUGCUUUUUCUACUA